UGGUCAUUCAUUCCCUUAAAAUUCUGUAGUAUUCAGCAGAGCAUAUUCUCCCUCUCUAACUCUCCCCUUUUCACUUCCCUUUCUAUCCUCUUCGUUUUCUUCAUUCUGAAUCGUACAGAAGAAAAUUUGGUGGUUUUUUCGCUUCUACACUGCUCGAAUUAUGGAUCUAUUGUGCUUGCAUGUCAAAAACAACGGCUUUCCGCUAAGGAAUUCGUUAAUCGAGAAACCCAUUUACUGGAAUUCCAGAAACUGUUCAAUGGCUGUUGAAAUUAGGGUUUCCAGGAAAGAAUCUUUGUCGAAUUGCUGUGGGUAUCGAUCGAUUACAGUCAGAUCCAUGGGCAAGAAGAAUUCCGGAAGUUCUAAUGGCUCCAAUUCUAAUUCAUCGUCUCCCAGUUCUGGGAAUAGCGAUCAAUCAAAAGCUGGCGAUGGUCUAAAAGGCAAUAAUCCUCUUGGUGGCCACAAGUCUGGUGACACCAGCUCACCAAAAUCAAAGAAUAAACCCUUGGAUUGGAGGGAGUUUAGAUCAAUGCUCUACAUCAAUGAGAAGGCUGAAAAUGCAGAAUCUAAUCAUGACCAAGAUAAAAUUGCUCCACCAUCAGAAUCUCUCCCCCUGAAGUGGGCACACCCUAUUUCAGCACCUGAGAAUGGUUCUAUCCUUGUUGCCACAGGAAAGCUCGACGGAGUUCGCACCUUUGAGAGAACCGUGGUUCUUCUCCUCAGAUCUGGAACGAGGAACCCACAGGAGGGGCCAUUUGGGAUCGUCUUAAACCGACCACUUAACAAGAAGAUGAAGCAUAUGAAUCCCACCAAUGCUGAGUUGGCAACUACAUUUGCUGAUUGUGCUUUGAACUUUGGUGGACCCCUUGAUGCAAGUAUGUUCCUGCUAAGAGGUAUGGGAACCCGUGGACUUGCUGCUUUUGAGGAGGUCAUUCCUGGGGUCUACUUUGGCUCCCGUAACAGUUUGGCUGAAGCUGCAGCAUUGGUGAAGAAUGGGACAGUUAAGCCACAAGAAUUGAGAUUCUUCAUGGGAUAUGCAGGGUGGCAAAUGGACCAAUUGAUAGAAGAGAUUGAAUCCGAAUACUGGUAUGUUGCUGCUUGUAGUACCAACUUGAUCUUUGGGGAUUCACAAUCCCACAGUUUGUGGGAAGAGAUUCUGCAACUAAUGGGAGGCCACUACUCUGAAUUGAGCCGCAAGCCUAAGCAUGAUAUCUAGCUCAUCCUAAACCUCCUUUAACAUAAAAUUGACUCCAGCAUGUAUGGAAAGAUCGCCCUAAAUGUACAGGUAUUAAACAUAUAAGUAGAUAUUCUUCUUCUUUUUUCCUUUCUUUUUCUAUGUGUGCAAUGGUUAGAUGUUAAUUGUCCAUGAAGCACAAUAAGUCAAACAACCUUUGUAUUGAUGACAUUUAUUCAAGCUGCUGCAUCUUAUGUUUCUCUUAUAUUAUAUCUAUAUAAACUUUGCUUUGCAUA